AUUCACACUUCCCUUCUCCUGCUCCACUCCUCCAUUUCUCCUCCGGCGAAGGGCAAAAGGGCACGCUUACUUCUUUAGUCCGCUUCACUAGCUCUGCCUAACAAUGCAGAAAGCCGUUCUGAGGGUGGGAUGGGGCAACGAAAAGGAAAGGAAGAGGGCCGUGAAGAUGAUCUCCGGGUAUGAAGGGAUACAAUCGGUGGCCGUGGACCUGGACAACAAGAAGGUGACGGUGAUCGGGGACGUGGAUCCGGUACAGCUGGUGGAGAACUUGAGGAAGCGAUUUGAUGUGGACAUAGACUCCCUCGGACCGAAAGAGAGUCCGACCCCGCAAGGUCCCACAACCGUAGGGCCUAGCAACGACAACAGCGUCAUCAGCCCAACCGAUUAUUACUUGGGAGAAGCUUACCCGGAUCACCCAUAUCCAUAUCCUCCUUAUUAUAAUCCACCAUACCCAUCUUUUUAUUAUCCCUCAAAUCCUUAUUAUUAGGAUCUCGUUCAAGAAGU